CUCAUCGUACGUGAUGUCUGUGAAGAGAGACCCGAGCCGAAUCGAGAGGUUACGCUAUCGCUCCAGCCGUGGACAAACCAAAUGGCCAAACGGCCACACCACUUUUUGCCAACACGCGCAAAGUUCGACUCGGUUACGACUUUCGCCAGCAGCGCCACAAACCACGAGUGUCCACUUCGUCGUCGCCAGCACAACCACACUUUCCGUCGGCCUCUGGCCUCCACUUCACCUCCUCCUUCCGUCGGCUCUACUCGUCGACGCGCCCGUCUCGACGCCGUCGACCUCACCAACUGCUCCACACACACACACACCCUCCCCCCUGGCACACAAAGCCGUCUUCCGGCCCACCCUCCCGCCGUCGUCGCAUCACCAACGCCUUCGUAGACAGGCACACUCACUCGGUCAACCGAACUGUACACCCUCAGACCGGCUGAUCAAUGCCGACUCACAGGCGUGA